UCUCCCCUUCGGUUACCAACACGCUCUCUCUCCAUUUGUUUCCGUUUGUUUCUCUCUCCCCUCCCCCACCAACGGAUUUAAUUGUGAAUUGAGCUACAGAGAGAAGGGGACUCCCGAAAAGGCUUCCAGAGAUUCCAGACGCAGAGAGAAUAAUAAUGAAUAAUGAUCAUCACCGUCGUCGUCAUCAAAACGACAGCAACAAUUAAAGCGGGAUCAAGAAGAAGAAGAAGAAGAAGAAGAAGAUGCCGGCGGCGAAGGGGCACCCGUCCGCAGCUCACCCAUCGAAGCGGCGGUGGAGGGGCAACGCCAUUAUAGUCCCCGCCCUCGUCUUCUUCUCCCUCCUCCUCCCCCUCGCUUUCCUCCUCGGCCUCCCCAAUCGAUUCCCCUCCGGUUACUUCGUCGACGAUCGGCCCUCGUCGGAGGCGAGCUUAGCGAAUUUUGAGCGGGAGGAUGCUGAUCAUGAGGUGCCGGAGGAUAAUGCUGAAAAUAAGACGACGCAAGCAGAAGUGAACUUGCACUUUGAAGCUUACAGUGAACCAACAGCUGUUGGUGCACAAACCAUUUCACAACAAGCGGGUACUUUUACAGGACUACAGGAUACCGCAUCACACACUCAAGUCCCACCAAUAGUGCAAACACAGGUCACCUUAUCAGAGCCACCUCCAGCCUCAAACGUCAACAAGGAAGACGUGGAUGAAAAGAAAAAUCUUUUCGAUGUUUCAAUGAUUGAUGAAGCAAAAAAAUUUUGUCAAAUUGAGUUUGGCAGCUAUUGCCUUUGGUCUAUAGAACACAAAGAAGUAAUGAAAGAUUCUGUGAUCAAGAGACUCAAAGAUCAGCUUUUUGUGGCCAGAGCUUACUAUCCAAGCAUCACAAAACUUCAAGCCCAAGAACAGUUAUCACAUGAGCUGAAGCAGAACAUUCAAGAACAUGAAAAAAUGCUUAGUGAAGCAAUUUCAGAUCCUGAUCUUCCACCACUUGUCAUGAGAAAGAUCGAGAAGAUGGAUCAGGCAAUUGCUAGAGCUAAGUCAUGCACUGUUGAUUGCAGUAACAUUGACAAGAAACUUAGGCAGCUUCUUGAUCUCACUGAGGAUGAAUCUCAUUUCCAUAUGAAACAGAGUGCCUUCUUGUAUCAACUUGGUGUACAGACCAUUCCCAAAAGUAUCCAUUGCUUGUCCAUGAGGUUGACAGUAGAAUAUUUCAGAUCUCAAUCAGUGGAUCCUGACUUUGAUGGCGAAAAAUUUCACAGCCCAAAUUUCAGGCACUAUGUUAUCUUCUCCAGGAACCUAUUAGCAUCUAGUGUUACCAUUAAUUCAACAGUGAUGAGUUCAGAGGAAACUGAAAAGUUGGUUUUCCAUCUGCUAACUGAUGUGGAGAACUACUAUGCUAUGAAACUCUGGUUUUCCAGAAAUUCUUAUAGUAAAGCAACCGUUAAUGUCCUUAACUUUGAUGAACUUUACAAUACCAAUGACCCAUAUAAUACAGGAGCUCAAAUGACACUACCAGAGGAAUUCCGUGUUUCCAUUCACAACACUGAGCAACAAUCUUCUGAGCAGAUAAGAACAGAAUACAUAUCUGUCUUUGGCCACUCACACUUUCUUCUUUCUGACAUAUUUAAGAAUCUGAAGAAAGUAGUGGUUUUGGAUGAUGAUGUGGUUGUUCAGCAAGAUUUGUCAUCUUUGUGGAGCCUUGAUUUGCGAGGUAAAGUCAUUGGUGCUGUUGAAUUCUGUGGGGUGAGACUGUGGCAGCUGAAAACUUAUUUGGGUAAAAACAAUUAUAAUGCUGAUUCUUGUGCCUGGAUGUCUGGAUUGAGUAUAGUUGAUUUGGAAACUUGGAGGCAGCACAAUGUUACAGGAAUCUACCAGCAGGUCAACCAUAAGUUGCAGAGCAUGACAGAAUCAUCAUGGAGAAGUGCAGUACUUCCAGCAAGCUUACUUGUAUUUCAAAAUCUAAUCCAUCCCAUUGAUGAAUCCUGGGUUCUAUCAGGGCUUGGUCACAAUUAUGGAGUUAGUAGUUCUGCUUUGCAUGAAGCUAUGGUAUUGCAUUAUAAUGGUAAUAUGAAACCAUGGAUGGAGUUAGGUAUACCAAAAUACAAAUGGCACUGGAAGAAAUACCUUACAGAAAAUGAGCAUUAUAUGGAUGAAUGUAAUGUCAAUCCCUAAGUUCUGUCGCUGAAGUUUUGUGAAAAGAUAAAUUUUAUGCGCAAGCAGAGAUACAUCAUACAAUGGGCAGGAAAAUAGCUGAAGAAUUGGAUGAGAAAGAGAGCUCAGAGGAAUUACGAAAAAAGCUGCAGAACCCUAAAAUUUUUUCAUCGUGAAAAGGAGGUGGCACUUCAUUUUGAUUCAAUCAGAUGUUUGGAGUUGUGCAAGAGACCUCCGAAGAUAAUUAUGUAAAUUUGCGUUGCAAGAAACGUGAAGGUUGGCACUUCAAAUUUGAAUUGGUGUCUCACAGUCUCAGAUUGAUAUAGGUCGAUUAUUUAUUUGUUUAUUCUUUUUGACCUUUUUCUUGUGUCCUUUAUUAUUUUGUUAACAAUGGCAAGGGUACACUAAUUUUUUUAUUUUCUCAAUUUUGUUAUUAAAUGGUGAACUUUAAAUACCACUAGAAAUUUGCAAGGUGGUUAUGGUGAUUUGAGAGGUCAAUUGUAUAGUCUUAUAAGAAUGGUGACAAUUUGAGAGGUCAA